AUGGAAUUCGAGAAGAUCAUGGUGGCCAAUCCGAUUGUUGAAAUGGAUGGAGACGAGAUGACUCGACUUAUUUUCCCCUACCUGGAGUUGGAUAUCAAAUACUUUGAUCUCGGACUGCCUAACCGCGAUUCUACUGAUGAUAAGGUUACUAAAGAGAGUUCUGAAGCUACUCUAAAGUAUAACGUGGCAAUCAAGUGUGCGACAAUUACUCUUGGUAUGUCUUGGCAUCAUUGCACUUGUUCAGAAUGCACGGUCUUCAGGGAACUUAUAAUUUGCAGAAAUAUCCCUCGCAUUGUACCAGGAUGGACUAAGCCAAUCUGUAUUGGAAGGCAUGCUUUUGGAGAUCAGUAUAGAGCUACUGAUAUCAUUGUUAAUGAACCAGGAAAACUGAAACUGAUUUUCGAGCCAAGUGGUCCUUCACGUAAGACAGAAUUUGAAGUCUUCAAUUUCACUGGUGCUGGAGGUGUUGCUUUGGCCAUGUAUAACACCGAUGAGGUCGAUAUUAUUGAAAAGAGUGCCUGA